AUGUCCAACGCACCGCCAACAUGGGAGCUGCUGCUAGUUCCCGAAGGCAUGAAAAAAAUAUCCAUGGAAAUGGAUACGAAAAUUCCCAAUGCAGCGACAUUUACAGUGCUCAAAGAAGAUCAUACUUUAGGAAACAUUUUAAGAAUGCAGCUUUUAAAGAAUCCCAAGGUGAUUUUUGCUGGAUACAAGGUUCCACAUCCACUUGAGCAUCAGUUUAUUCUUAAAAUACAGACAACGCCGGAUACAACUCCGGCAGACGUCCUUCAACAAGAAGUAGCAAACCUGAUUCAAGAGAAUGCGCUCACUGUUCGUAGCAUGGAUCCCGGUGAUGCACCUGCUGCUAUGCAUAUCUCUGCUCGUGAGCGCCGUGACUUUUAA